GCUAUCUGUCAAAUCGUUUGUCAUGCUGACAAUUUUAUAACAAAUUUUAAUUAAGAAAAUUAUUUAUUUAUUUAUUUAUUUAGCUAAAAUUCUAUAUUCAAAUAUGUGAAUACGUGAUUGUGAAGAUACAUUACAAAUUUUUACUUUUUAGUUUUUUAUAAUAAUAUAUUGAGCAUGUUCAUAACAAGGAAAAAGUAAAUUGAUAGUUUCCGUUUGCAUUGUUUUCUGCAGUUAAUCGUAUUUAAUAUUCUAGUAAUGGAAGAAAAUGCAAGAGUACCAGUUUUUGUGUUUCCAACAGCUUUAACAUUUUAUACCAAAAGUAGACAAACUCACAAACAAAUUUUAUCUCUCUAUAACCCAUAUGAAGUGCCAGUGGAAUUUAUAGUAAAAAGCACAGCUCCUACGAAAUACACUGUUAUAGAUCCAGAAGGAAGUAUUGCUCCACAAUCUAUUGUGGAUAUUACUGUGCGCCAUUUAUGUCCCAAUGCUGGUAAUAGCUUUGCAAAAGACAGAUUUCGUGUGCUGAUGAGAGAUAAAUUAACUAAAAAAGUUUUAGGUAAGCGUGAUCUUAGGGUAGAACUUGUGAACGGUUUUGAAGAAGAACAGAGUGUAUUAGGAGAAUCUCAUAAAAACUUAGCAUAUCUUACUCAAAACAAUGCUCCAGAAAUACCACUAGAAAUUUCUCAACAUCAGCACAUACCAAAGCAGCCGAGUUGGCUAGUGGCAUGCAUUGGCCUCUUAUGCAUAUUUGGCUUAUUUCUUCCAACUGAUGUCAGUUCUGAAACAGUCAAUUUUUUUCUACCUGCUGUAAAGCUAAGUGUUAGUAUAAAACUCAUCCUCUCAUUUGUGCUGGGUAUGAUAACAAUGACAGUACUGAGGCCCUAAUGAAGAAGGCUUGCCAUUUAAGAAAUGUAUAGUUUAUUCUUGUGUAUAUAUUUUAAUUAUUUUACAUAUUGUGUAUUUAGCACAUAUAUAUUUAUAAAAUACUGUAUAUAUAUAAUGUAGGGAAGUUAUAUAGAAAUCAUGUGCUUAAAUAGUUUUUUUAUAUUUAUAUUAAUAGAAAUCUUUUUAGCCAUUUUUUACUAUUUUGUAUACAAUGUUCUUC